UGGCCGGGUGGGCGUCCGUGUCUCUCCGCUUGUCUCCCCGGCCUCCUCAAAUAUUCUCAACCCCCCAACCAAUUCAUUCCCCCCAGCUUCCUUCCUUCUUUGCGCCGGCCUCCUCGUCUCCUCUCCCUGGCCGUGCCCGGUCUCCCCUGCCUCAGAUACGCGCGCGCACGUACGCACGCUUGCUUGCACCUCGCCAGAGACGGUGAGCUAGCCCUGGCACGCAGGAGAAGCGGGUUGAAGUGGCGGCGGCAGGAGCGGGUUGCUGCUUAGAUAAUUAUUUGUCAUGGCUCAGGAGGACGUCGUCGGCGGCGGCCACCUCCUGAGCGACGCCGGCCUGGCGCUGGGCCUGUCCCUCGGCGGAGGAACGGCGGCCGACGGGCCGGCGCAGCACCGGCGCCCGUCGCCGCCGCAGUGCCCGCUGGAGCCGUCGCUGACGCUGAGCAUGCCCGACGACGCGGCCGGCGGCGCGGCCGGGUCCGGCGGGGGCGGCGCCGCGCACAGCGUGUCGUCGCUGUCCGUCGGGGCGGUGAAGAGGGAGCGCGCGGAGGAGGCCGACGGCGAGAGGGUGUCGUCGACGGCGGCCGGGCGGGACGACGCCGACGACGACGGGAGCACCCGCAAGAAGCUCCGCCUGACCAAGGAGCAGUCCGCGCUCCUGGAGGACCGCUUCCGGGAGCACAGCACGCUCAACCCGGUACGUCACAAGCAGAAAGUCGCUUUAGCGAAGCAACUGAACCUCCGGCCAAGGCAGGUGGAGGUCUGGUUCCAAAACAGAAGAGCAAGGACAAAGCUGAAGCAGACGGAGGUGGACUGCGAGUUCCUCAAGCGCUGCUGCGAGACGCUCACCGAGGAGAACCGCCGGCUGCAGCGCGAGCUGCAGGAGCUCCGCGCGGUCAAGUUCGCCCCGCCGCCGCCGCCGCCGCCAUCCUCGACGGCCCACCAGCCGGCAGCGGCGGCGCCGUUCUACAUGCAGCUCCCGGCCGCGACGCUCACCAUCUGCCCGUCCUGCGAGCGCGUCGGUGGCCCGGCGUCCGCCGGCAAGGUCGCCGACGGGGCCAAGGCCGGGCCCGGCCGGACCACCACCCACCACUUCUUCAACCCCUUCACCCACUCCGCCGCCUGCUGAUCGAUCCAUCCGCCGCACGCGCGCGCGCGCGCGUGCAUGAGUCUGCGCAAUUCUGCACCGAACAGACAUGCCACUGUUGCUGACUGCUAGCUAAAGCUAAUACCACCUCACGUCACAGGUAACUUAUACACGUGACACAAGGACGACAUACAUGGCGACGACGAUCGACAUGAUCAUCAUCAUCAUCCUCUCGAGCUACUGUUUCUUUGCCUGGGGGGAUUCCAGCUUCCAUUAGCUAGUAAGUCGAUCAUCAAUCAAUCAAUCAAUCAUAGCCUUAAUGAUAGGAUUAGUCAAAUUAAUAGCCGGCCGCAGCUAGCUAGCUACUCUAGUACCCGAUCCAUGUAUAUUUCUGUGCAUGCAUGUAAGUAUGUAACUGUGUGCCCCUCUCUCAUCUAGUUAGCUUUUCUUUUUUUUUGCUUCACAAGGCUAGUUAAUUUUCAGAGGGGGAUCAGAUCAUGGGCAGUGCAGUGGUACGUGGUACCAUUAGCUAGAUAGAUUAAGCUUGUACACUAGUAGCACUACUGAUGGAUUAAAUUCUUGGAUAGUGUCACACACGCAGUACAGCAGCGUUGGAUUGGAUAACGACAUGAGCUAGGCAGAUAUAGCAUGCCUGCCUCCCUCCUGUUCGCUUGGCCCUGUCGGGUGCGUGUACAUGUGUUUACUUUUGUAUGGAUAUACGUC